AGGAGCCUACUGGUCCUGGGGACUAAUUGAGCUACUAAGGCCAGCAGCUCCCACACCCCCAAGACCACAAGGGACUUGGCCCUGUCAGAGGAGCUUUUGUGAGGGACCCAGGGUUCUGAGCUGGUUGUUCGAAGGCCUUCGAAACAACUGAACAAAAACGAUGGCAGGGGUGACAUUCACCUCUGGUCUCAGGAUCCCAGCCUGCCAUGCUAAUUCUCCACUGCACCAUCAUCACGACCACCAUCCAUCCACAGGCAGAGGGUGAAGGGUCAUGUCUAGGAGCAACCCUCCCAUAGUAGUCAAGGGCCCUAGCAGAAGUUCUGGCACAAACUACAGGUCGAGCCCCUCGGGGACGCUUGGCCAAUCAGAUCCCCCCUGAAAUCCUGAACAACCCCCACCUGCAGGCAGCCAUUCAAGUCUUGCCUUCCAACUAUAACUUUGAGAUUCCCAAGACCAUCUGGAGGAUUCAACAGGCUCAGGCCAAGAAGGUGGCCUUGCAAAUGCCUGAAGGCCUUCUCCUUUUUGCCUGCACCAUUGUGGAUAUCUUGGAAAGGUUCACAGAGGCCGAAGCGAUGGUGAUGGGUGAUGUGACGUAUGGGGCCUGCUGUGUGGAUGACUUUACUGCAAGGGCCCUGGGAGCUGACUUCCUGGUGCACUAUGGCCACAGCUGCCUGGUUCCCAUGGACACCUCGGUCCAAGACUUCCGGGUGCUGUACGUCUUUGUGGACAUCCGGAUAGAUACUACCCACCUCCUGGAUUCUAUCCGCCUCACCUUCCCCCCAGCCAGUUCCCUUGCCUUGGUCAGCACCAUUCAGUUUGUGUCAACCUUGCAGGCAGCUGCCCAGGAGCUGAAAGCUGAGUAUUGUGUGAGUGUCCCACAGUGCAAGCCCCUAUCUCCUGGGGAGAUUCUGGGCUGUACGUCCUCCCACCUGCCCAAAGAGGUGGAGGCUGUUGUAUAUCUUGGAGAUGGCCGCUUCCAUCUGGAGUCUGUCAUGAUUGCUAACCCUAGUGUCCCCGCUUACCGAUAUGACCCAUACAGCAAAGUCUUAUCCAGAGAGCACUAUGACCACCAGCGCAUGCAGGCCAACCGCCAAGAAGCCAUAACCACAGCCCGCUCAGCUAAAUCCUGGGGCCUUAUCCUGGGCACUUUGGGCCGCCAGGGCAGCCCUAAGAUUCUGGAGCACCUGGAAUCUCGGCUCCAAGCUUUGGGACUUCCGUUCAUGAGGCUGCUGCUCUCUGAGAUCUUCCCCAGCAAGCUUAGCCUGUUUCCUGAGGUGGAUGUGUGGGUGCAGGUGGCAUGUCCACGCCUUUCCAUUGACUGGGGCACAGCCUUCCCCAAGCCGCUGCUGACACCCUAUGAGGCAGUGGUGGCCCUGAGGGACAUUUCCUGGCAGCAACCCUACCCCAUGGACUUCUACGCCGGCAGUUCUUUGGGGCCGUGGACAGUGAACCACGGACGGAACCGCCCCCCCCAGGCCCUGGGCCGGCCAUCGCUGGCGAAGAUGCAAAUGCAGGAGGAGCCCACGCGCCCUACUCCAGCAGCGGCCUGCGACGAUUGCAGCUGCAGAGAAGAAAAGGGAGCGCCGCUCAUUCCGUAGACCCUCCUUGGUCUCAGAGCCCUGCCUUCCGGAGGAGCAGCCUCGAGGCUGGUGGUUUUCAGAACAGGAAGCAGACGUUUUCAACGCCCUGAGCCAUCCCACAGUGUGCAGAGGUCUGGAGGAAGCCUUGGGAACCGUGGCACAGGCAC